GUCUGCCUACCUUACCGGAGCUGCAGCAAUCCAAUCUUCCGGUGCGCUUGCUUCUAUUCUGAAAUGUAUUGCAAAUGAACGAGACAUUGCUAACUAGGUGUCUUGGCCGUUGAGAUCGCGAGACUGUUGCUGCCACUUAUAUCUUGGGCUGAAGCUCCUCGCUUUCUAGUAGCCACCGAGCUUUUCGUGUUUGACUCAGAGGUGACCCAACCUUCGUUGGAAAUCUGCACAACUUCAAACUUCAAAACUCAAAUUACAAUCACAAGAACAUCGUGAUCCCCACUCGACAUGGCAACCUCAAUGUCGUCAAAGGGCUUGAGAACAGUCGCAACUUCCAAGCUGAGAGGCUUUAUUCCAACAUUCCCUGACCAGAUUCACCACACGCCGCUAUUCAAUACUUUGACUGCAACCGCAAGUGAUCUGCAAAAAGAACUCAGCAAUGGCAAGCUCAGGAGCACGCAGGUGGUCGAAGAGUAUCAUCGAUCCAUCAUUGCUCACAAUGGAGUCCUCAACGCCGUUUGGGAAUUGGCACUUGGAGCCAUGAAGCGAGCCGAAGAAUUGGAUCUGUUGAGAGAGAAGGGGCAAUUUUUAGGUCCCCUGCAUGGAAUUCCCAUCCUGGUCAAGGACAAUAUCAAUCUGGACCCUUCCUUUGGUAUAGGCACGUCGGGAGGAGCAGUGGCCCUCGUAGAUUCUGUCCCCGCAUCGUCUGCCACCAUAGUUGAGAAGCUUCUCGAAGCCGGUGCCAUCAUCUUGGGAAAGACGACAAUGUCGGAAAUGGCAUAUUUUAAAGGUUCAGGUAUCCGGUGCGGAUGGUCUGCUGCAGCUGGACAUUCCCAAUCAGCUUAUGUCAGAGGCGGUUUAGACAUGGAGGACAGCAUUAUAGGCCACAGCUGCCCUGACGGUUCGUCUUCUGGAAGUGCAAUUGCUGUCAGUGCCGGAAUGACCCGAGUCUCUAUUGGCACAGAGACAUUUGGCUCGCUUGCCAUGCCACAUUCGCUCAUCAAAUAUGUCGAAGAGGCAACGACACAAAUGAAUAAGGAGCUUCGUGCCGCAUACAGCAAAAUUGAAAAGCUUGCGAAAACCUACCACGGAAAUAUCUCCAAACUUGCCUUGGAGAAGUCUUUCGAUAUGCCAGAUGGCGAAGAUGCUAUCUCUGCUGCUUUGAUGGUAGAAGUACGUUUAUGUUUACGCAAACUUCUAGCUUUCGACAUCGGAAGAGAUUUGGAUCCUUUCCUUCAAGAUCUUACAACGAGCAAAAUUCGGAGCUUGAAAGAACUAGUCAAAUGGAACAUCGAUCAUGCAGACAAUAUCCGAACCAAGGUUCUCUUUGUGGCCGCUACUGAGGUCGAUCACGAUGAGAAGAAGAGAGAAGAAAUUGCUUCUUACACCAAAGCUGCGGGCGCAAAGUUCCUUGAACUCUUUACUGAAUAUGAUGUGGAUGUUAUUAUAGCUCCCACAGACUCACCGCUCUUCCUCUUCUCUGGUGCUGGAGCAUUUCCAACGGCUAUACCACUUUCAACCAUUGAAUUCAACGGCAGGCCAUUUGGUCUCACUGCUGCAGCUCGUGCUCACCAUGAAGGAGUCUUGAUCAAGGUCAUGAGUGCCUGGGAGUCCACAUUCCCAGCAAGAAAGACACCUGAAGCAUUCUUGACAUUGAAAGCAAUAGAUAAGACUUUCCCUUCAGCAGCAGGCAGGAUCACAAUAACAUAAGGUAGUAUUUGAUGUCUCAGAACAACAACACACUCAUUUUCGAUAAAUUUGGUUUGGAUGGGUCCAACAAGAAUACUGAACACACAAUCACACAGCUCUCAAAGCAACUUCCCCCAAAAUUGACAGCAGAAGCUUCACUUCUUCGUAACAAC